CGAGUUGCGAUUGCGUGCACCGCAUGUCGCGGCCAGCAUCUGCGGUGCGAUGCCGCCAUGCCGAUUUGUUCGCGAUGCCGCAGCUUGAGCAAAGAAUGCAUCUACACGGAUUUGCGAGAGACCCGCAGAAGACGAACCGGAAUCCAGAAUUCAAUGCUCGCCGAUACGCAUGAUGAAAUUGGAAACAUGGUUGAUGAUAUGGUGCAAGCUGGCCAACCAAGUCUGGGUUCUAACGAGCCUUCAUUAACGCCCAAUCGAUCCAGCACUCCGCCCAGCCCUCACUCUAUUUUUACGACGUCGAAUGGUGUUCUACAGCCAGCUAUUUUUGCGGACAAUGACUUUCUCAUAAGUCGACCCUUUGACGGAUUCUACAAAUUUUUCUUCCCCAGCCAUCCUUUCGUCCUCCCGAGAGUGUACUUGAAACAACAAUUCGAAAGCAAUCCGGAUUUUAGCGGCCAGUUGUUUCUCAUGAUUACACUCAUUGGUUCGCUAUAUAUCCAUGAUCCGCAAUCAUUUGAAUACAAAAAACAGGCAGAAGAGUCUUUUGACCUUGCGCUUUCACCCAAUGGCUUCACUGUCCAGGCUCUCUUACUUCUUGCUCUGACUCUAGAAUGGGCCGGCGAAAAUGAGAGGGCGGCAACAAUUCUUGAAAGAGCGAAGAAUACCGCACUAGAAAUAGGAAUGCAACACCGGGACUUUGCUUCUCGCCAUGGACGCGGAGAAAAGGCACUGGAAGAAAGCUGGCGCCGGACUUGGUGGGAACUCUUUGUGGCGGAUGCAAUGUUUGCCGGGAUCCGCCAUCUACCUACAUUCACACUCUGGGGAAUAGACACUGAUGUCGACAUUCCUUGCGAAGAAGAGCUAUAUGUUACAGGAAGGAUCCCAUUCCCGCAAACAAUGCGUCAAUACGACGAUCGUGGCCUAAACGACGAAAGCUUUUCCUCUUAUGCAUACCUCAUAGACGCAACACGGAUACUUGGGACAACAUUGGCCGCUGGUGAUACUGCUAAUGAAUCGCCUUACUCUCUGGUUAAAAAUGCAGAAGCAAAUCUCAUGAGCUGGCAUCUGUAUCUACCACAGCGAAAACGCGAUCCCGUCCGACGAGAUGGUACUAUUGAUGAGGUUUUAUUCAAAGCACAUAUGGUGAUGAACACAACAUCUACCCACUUACAUAGGCCAAGAUCUAUGCUACACUACACCACGAUGGAGCUUUUGUGCUCGAAAUACGCACCACCACUUCCCGGCGAAAUCUCAACUGCUGAAACACAGCACGGCGAUAGGCACACAAACAAGGCAAUUAGCGCUGCAAAAAACUUUGUCGACUUGCUGACCGCUUCCUCUUCUCCCCUAACGCACAGCCCGUUUGUGAUGUGCAUGGGGUCUUUGGCGAUGGCCACCCUUCUUUCCGCUUAUCAGCAUUUUUUGACGGGCUCUGAGUUGGAUCAUGCGAGAGAUCGAGUCCGCGUAUUUCUAGGCGUGCUUAAAGCGUUUAUAACAAUCUGGCCACAGGCGCGGCACCGGUCGGAGGAGAUCAAGUUGAUGGCACGGGUGGUUCUU